AUGAAGAAGCUUAUCAAGAGACACAAUCCCACCAUUGUUGUUUUGCUUGAAACUAGGGUUCUUGAAGAGCAUGUUUCUGAAAUAGUCAUCAAGUUAGGUUUCACUGAUUCUAUUAUUGUUUAUCCUCAUGGUUUCUCUGGGGUUUAUGUAUGUUAUGGAAUGCAAGUGAAGUUGAGAUCCAAGCUACUAACAAUUCGAGAUGGGCAGUAUGCUGUGGUCACUGCAAAGUUCCAACAACCUUGGAUUAUUUCGUCUGUGUAUAACAGUCCGAGAAAAACUACCAGAAAAAGGAUGUGGAGUGAGCUUAGUGCUAUUGCUGAUAUUCCCGAUGCUGACUGGAUGGUAGUGGGAGACCUCAAUACUUUCUGUGGUAGUCAUGAGAAGCAAGGAGGUAGGAUUACUACUACAACUGAGCUCCAAGAUGUGAUGAGUUGCUGUGGUCUCAUUGAUCUGUUAGCCAAUGGUCCUAAGUUUACUUGUAACAACAAGAGGGCUGGAGCAGCAAAUAUCAAAGAGAGGUUAGAUAGAGCUCUUGUCAACUCCAAUUGGAAGACUCGUUUCAACAAAGCUCAAGCUGAGGAUUCUAGGUAUGAAGAUGUGGUUAAGAAUAAUUGGAAUUAUGAUGUUACUAAUUUUAGUAGUACUCAGUUUUCAGACAAUAUCUCUAGGAUUCAAAGUGAGACUAAAAAAUGGAAUAAGAAUGUUUUUGGUAAUAUCCAUCUUCCGAUUGAUAAAGCUCACAAUAGUCUUGUUAAAUCCCAAAAUGAUUUUGAUAGCUGGCCAUCUGAAAGUGCUAAACAGACUAUGACAGAGUGCCUUGUUGAUUAUCUUAGGUUACUUAAACUUGAGGAAACUUUCUGGAGGAAAAAAUCUAGAAUUUCUUGGCUUAGAGAAAGAGAUAUGAACACGAGGUUCUUUCAUACCUCUACGUUAACUAGGAGAAAAAGAAAUUCCAUAGUCAUGCUCAAAGAUGACAAGGGAGAAUGA